CAACGCGCGCUGCAUGUACUGCUAGAUAAUUUAUAUCAGGUGACAACUCACGUGACAGCAAGGGGAAUUACCGUACUAGCGCGCGUGGAUCAAAAUGUAACUGGAAGAAAUGCACAUAGAUUGUAGUUACUCUACUUCUCGCUGAGACAGUGAGUCAAAUUCAUUUGAAGCUUCAGUCAUAUCACCAUGUUCACUCUGCUCUCAUGUAGACUCUAAGCACGAAGUCAGAUUAGAACAGCUCAGUACACGUACCAGAUUUGGGACUGCGUUUAUGACCCAAAAUGAACCGGUUUAUAGCGGAUGACUUGCCCCAGAACUCUGGCGGACGAAUCGCAAGCAAACUUAUCAACUGGCUCUGUGAUUCGAUGUUGAUCGGUAGUGGUUUUGAAUUUGAGCCUGGCAAGAAAGUGCAGCAACUUCAGAAUCAUGCGAAGAUUGAGAAAGGUGAAGACGAAGCUCUGACUCAACUUUGGGGCCUCCCACUUACAAGGCAUCACCUCCAAGAGGGGUUGAAUGCAUCAGGCAAACGAGUUGUUCAUCUUCUAAGAGGAUCAGCACAAUACGGGUCAGAGAGUGUGGCGGGGAAGAUUCAUGCCAUUAUCAAACAGGCCUUCAGGAGAGUCUAUAGGUUCUUGUAUGGAGAGGAGGCUUCCUUAGAUGGUCACAUGACAGCCAUCAUUCAGAAGAUUUCAGCCAAAUCAUCAGCUUUGAAAGGUGUGAGAAACGAAGUAGUCCUCCUGGCUUCUGUCUGGUUAUCCUGCCGUUUACUGCGUAGAGAGCCAGCCGAGGCACAGCUGAUGUACACAGAACAGAUUCUAGAUCAUACAAGCAAUGAGAGAGAAAGCAGUGUACAUGGACAACGUGCAUCUCAUCACCAACAGGUGGCUGUGGAGAACUCAGGUUUUAGGAACCAGUUGCAAGGCAUCGUCUGCUACCUGAGGAUGUGUGCUUUGAGUCAAGCAGAAAAAUGGAUCACAUGUGCAGAGGUCAUCAACAAAGACUUGUAUUCCAUGCCUAGCCAACUACAGGAUCAAGCCCAAUACAUGAAAGCCUACUGUCUGUAUUACCAUGGUAACUACACCAAAGCCUUGGAUGCCUGUAGAAUAGUGACUGGGAUGGUGUCCCAAGAUGGUGUCCUAAGUCAGGUCUACAACCUAAUGGGAUGUUGCCUCAGACAAAUGGGAAAACCUCACAUGGCUCUACAGCAGUUCAGAAAAGCCAUUACAGCCUGUUCCAUCGUCCCUUCACCCUCCCUCUUCAAUGUAUCUUUGACAUAUAGAGAUCUUGGGGAGGAAGAAGCAGAAAUGGAAUCUCUACAUCUAUUAGAACAGGCCUUGGUCCAGACUGCAGAUAUGGGUGGGGACGAUACUGAUGACGCAAAUGCCAGUCCUGGUCCAGCGUGGCCAGCAGUGAUACUAGUUCCAGGUUCUCGGACCAAGAAGGGGACUAGUCAUCCUGUACAAGCCAUUGGUCACACUACAGCCCUCUACAUCCUUGCAAGACGCAGCUUGGAUCUAAAUCAGAUUGAAAAUGCAGCUGAGAGAUUUCUAGACCUGCUCACUGUCCUAGAAACCAGUUCCGUGGCAGUUGACGAAGGCAGUCAUGGGAGAAAUAUGCUCCUUCCUCCUUUACAAACCAUCUAUCUGGAUGCUGCCACAUCUCUCCUUAAGGCAGACCGGACAGAGGAAGCUUUAGCCAUAUGUGACAAGCUCCUAUCCAAAUCAAAGCUACUCCAACAUGACAACACACUUCAUCUUCUAGAGCAAUCCUCCCAAGAGAGUGAAGGGGAAACACAGGGGCGAUCCCACAGGUUCCCUUUCUUGGUGCCGUAUGCGAACCUCUCCUCUGAGGAACGUUCCAAGAUGGAGAGGGGUUCACAUAAGAUCACCCAAGAAAGUAGCAGCGAUAGAGAUUCGAGGGAUGGACUCGGUAUACCAGGUAGCAGCAGUGGUCCCAGUAAAGCUUGCAUCCUUGGACAUGGUGGUGAUGCUGGUCGUCAUGGAAACAGCAUGCAUGGCAGAGAACACAGUAGUUCUGGACAAGCUGUAGGUGGUAGAAAGAGGCAGCGAGAACAGGACGAGGACACGGACGUCAGAGCUGGUUCCUCUAGAACAUUUGGAAAUCAACUUCAAAGUGUAGAUGGUAGCAGAGAAGAUGAAGAUGAUAGUGGGAGAAGAAAAGAAGACCUGGAGGAGGAGGAGGAGAUCUCCUACACAGCCCAUGCCCUGGUUCUUCAAGCACAAUGCCUGUUCAAGCAAGGGAAUGGGAUGGCAGCCAUUACAGAAGUUGAUCAUUCCCUGGAGAUUUUGCAGACCAGUGGCAAGGAAGGUGGCCAGGUUGACCCAAAGAUGGAGGAGGAGGAUGACGGCAUGGAGGACAGAAGCACGGCCAAGAGGAGAAGAGUACAUAUAGGUCCAGCUUCUGAUUGCCUGACAAUGCCUGGCAAUAGAGGGAGCCCUCCAACAGACAGCCAACCAACUCAUUCAGCGAUCCUGAGAUCGACUGCGUAUCAUCUCAAAGCGUCCAUUUUAAUCAGUCAGGACCAGCUUCGUGAUGCAAUGAAAGCCAACCUGUUGAGCCUUCAAUGCUGUCCAAAUAACACAGACACCUUGAAAACCCAUGCAGUAAUCUUGGAGAAGCUCGGCAGAAAGAGUGAAGCAGUCAAAGCUUGGUCCAGACUAAAAGAAGCAAAAGCAAGCAAACAGGUGGUCCACUGCUUAUGAAUAUGAAUCAUUGAAUCAUCAUUUUAUCUGGCAUCAGUAGGAUCGAGACAAUUGACAACAUUUUUAUGGUUUUAGCUCAAAGACUUUUAUCUCAGACCCCUUCAAAUUGUACCAGAUGCUUGAACAGAAAGAUAAAUAAGUCUGCACAUACCGUCCAUUUUCAUUGCAUUACCAUACAUGCAUGCAUAGCAAACAUUAUAUUCCUUAGAUUGGCAAUAUUGAAAAAAGUUUGUAAUUACUGUAAUUCACACAACUUGCAACCUUCAAUAUCAUCAUUUGGGAUAUGUUCUGACAGAAUUGACAUAUUCCAAAAUCCUAGCAUGCAUAUAUUUCUCAAAUCAAGUUAGCAGGUUUGUAAGACAUGCAGUGGUCUUUAUGGACACAAGUUGGAUAAACACAUUUUGUACAGUUUAAAGAUAUUUGAUGUGAUGCCCAUUUUUAUUGUACAAUAAAAGGUGCAGAUUUGUAUCGUUGAGGAAUACAUGGCAUUAUGAUUAUCCACAGUGUUAUAUAUAAUUAUAUCACAUAAUUUUGCUCUUGAAUUGAACAAUUCUUAGGGAUUUCAAUAAAUUGUAUUGAUAUUUCA